UUGGUCUUCUUUAUCGACCUCGGCAGUAACAUGAACCAAAUUGCGGGAAGCAUGUUUUUUUAUUUCUUCGAUUAUUGUUAAACCAUUCUGUUCGAUGGCUGGUACACAGUGGUAUAAAGUUCCGUGUUUAGCCAGAAACCUUCAGCUAAAGACGACACUUACCGGUGGUCAAAGUUUUCGCUGGAAACAACACGAUAGAGCUGAGGAUGAAUUUAUCGGAGUUUUUGCAAACAUAGUUUGGAUUCUGAAGCAAACCAAGACCGAUUUGAUGUAUCAGAUAGUCGGGGAACUUCCGUAUCCGAACGCUAAUAAUCGCGACGUGACGAAAUCAGUUGAUGGAAUCAAGGAAUCGAAGUCCUCGUCAAUUAACCACAAUUUAGCCCACAUUCGAUUGAAAAUUGUUGAACCAGAGCGGUACUCAUCGAAUAGUCACUUGCUGUACCCUCUAACAUACUACGAACAGCUGCUUCGUAUCUAUUUCCGAUUGGACGUAGAUCUGGCUCAAUACUAUCGCCAGUGGAAUCAAAGUCACACUCACUUUGAGAACAGCGCUGGCCAAUUUUAUGCGGUUCGUCAAUUGAAUCAAGAUCCUGUUGAGAACUUGUUUUCAUUUAUUUGCAGUCAAAACAAUAACAUUUCAAGGAUAUCUGGUCUGGUAGAGAAACUAUGCUCGAACUAUGGAGAGAAAAUAUGCGUUUACCAAGGGAUAACAUACUACAAUUUUCCCGGUGCUCAAUCGUUGGCUCUGGCCCAGGUUGAGUCUGAUCUACGUGAAAUGAGUUUUGGCUAUCGAGCAAAAUACAUUCAGAAAUCGGCAGAGGAAAUUCUAGCCAAGGGCAACCUUUCCUGGUUUCAACAGCUACAAAAGCUUCCCUAUAAGGAUGCCCACAAAGAGUUGCUCACACUGACGGGAAUCGGACCGAAGGUCGCUGAUUGCAUUUGUCUGAUGUCACUGAACCACCUGCAGGCAAUUCCGGUCGAUACACACGUUUUUCAGAUUGCUAGGAAUUAUUUACCGCACCUGGGCAGGGGAAAGAACAUCACGGGAAAAAUGUACGUUGAAAUCGGUGAUAAGUUUCGGGAUAUCUAUGGGCCGCUGGCUGGAUGGGCUCAGACGGUGCUUUUUUGUGCCGAUCUGAGGCAGUUCAAAGAAAACGUUAAAUCGGAAGGUGACAAGAGCCCACCAUCGACGGUGGACAAUACGAAGAAUCAGAAGCCGAACAAGAAAAUGAAAUGUUAGAGGGGAGCAUUUUUUUAUUUCUAUCAGUAUUAAAUUUAUUUUUAUAUUUCAA